AUGGCGGAUAGGACUGCGCCCCGCUGUCAAUUGAGAUUAGAAUGGAUAUACGGAUACAGAGGGCAUCAAUGCCGCAACAACCUGUUCUACACCGCCGGCAAAGAAGUGGUUUACUUUGUAGCAGGAGUUGGCGUCGUUUACAACACCAGAGAACACACACAGAAGUUCUUCCUGGGUCACAACGACGACAUUAUUAGCCUUGCCCUGCAUCCGGAGAGAUCACUGGUUGCCACAGGGCAGGUGGGGAAGGAUCCCUACAUCUGUGUGUGGGACACAUUCAGCGUGCGCACAGUUUCCAUCCUUAAAGAUGCACAUUCGCAUGGCGUGGCCUGCCUGGCAUUCAGCGCUGACACUGGUGAGCGUCUGGUGUCCGUGGGGUUGGAUGCUAAAAAUACAGUGUGUGUUUGGGACUGGAAGAAAGGCAAACUCAUUGCCACGGCGACGGGACAUUCUGAUAGGAUAUUUGACAUCACGUGGGAUCCGUUUCAGCAGAACCGACUCGUAAGCUGCGGGGUCAAGCACAUCAAGUUCUGGGCGAUAUGUGGAAAUGCACUAACACCCAAGCGAGGCAUCUUCGGCAAGACGGGGGACCUGCAGACUAUUCUCUGUGUAGCGUCCGCUAAAGGUGACAUCACCUACUCUGGCGCUCUAAAUGGGGACGUCUACGUUUGGAAGGGGCUCAACCUGAUACGUACGGUGCAAGGUGCCCAUGGGGCAGGGAUCUUCAGCAUGUACGCCUGCGAGGAGGGCUUUGCCACUGGUGGGCGAGAUGGCUGCAUCCGCCUGUGGGACUUCGACUUCAAACCCAUCACCAAAAUCCACCUGCGGGAGGCCGAACAUGGCUACCAAGGGCUGUCCAUCCGCAGUGUGUGCUGGCGGGCUGACCGCAUCUUGGUGGGCACUCAGGACAGCGAGAUCUUCGAGGUGAUGGUGCGGGACCGGGAAAAGCCACAGCUUAUCAUGCAGGGUCACAGUGAGGGCGAGCUCUGGGCCCUCACCGUCCACCCCAAGAAAGCGCUGGCAGUGACCGGCAGCGAUGACCGCUCCAUACGGCUGUGGAGUCUGGCUGACCACACUUUGCUUGCUCGCUGCAAUAUGGAGGAAGCUGUGCGGAGUGUGGCCUUCAACAGCGAUGGCUCGCAGCUUGCCCUGGGCAUGAAGGACGGGUCCUUCACCGUGCUCCGCUUCAGAGACAUGACUGAAAUAGUGCACAUCAAAGACCGGAAGGAGGUCAUCCAUGAGUUGAAGUUCUCUCCUGAUGGUGCCUACCUGGCUGUGGGUUCCAACGAUGGCCUGGUAGACAUCUAUGCCGUGGCCCAGCGCUUCAAGAAGGUGGGCGAGUGCAGCGCAUCCAGCAGCUACAUCAUGCACCUCGACUGGUCUAUCGAUGGCAAGUUCCUGCAGACCAAUGACGGCAUGGGGGAGCGACUGUUCUACCGAAUGCCAACUGGGAAGCAUCUAACUACCAAAGAGGAGAUCAAAGGGAUUCACUGGGUCUCCUGGACUUGUGUGAUUGGGCCAGAGGUGAGUGGGAUUUGGCCAAAGUACACCAGCAUCAGUGACAUCAACUCUCUUGAUGCCAACUACAGCAGUGCCGUCCUGGUGACUGGCGAUGACUUUGGUUUGGUCAAGCUGUUCCGCUUCCCCUGCCAGAGAAAAGGAGCCAAGUUCAAGAAGUAUGUCGGCCAUUCUGCUCAUGUGACCAAUGUGCGGUGGUCACAUGACCAUCAGUGGGUGUUGACUACAGGGGGAGCAGAUCACUCAUUGUUCCAGUGGAGGUUCUUUCCAGAAAGCAUCAUGAAUGGAAUUCUUGAUCCAAUUUUGCAAGAUGGAUGUGCUGAUUCUAACAGUGAGGAGUCUGAUUCCGAUCUGUCUGAUGUGCCAGAGCUGGACUCUGACAUUGAACAGGAGACACAGAUCAACUAUGACCGGCAGGUCUACAAGGAGGACCUCCCCCAGCUGAAACAGCAGAGCAGAGAGAAGAUGCUGCCACCAGCUUCCCUGAAAAGGCAGGCCGCACCAGAUGUUGGCCUCCAUCUGCACUUCGUACAUGGGUUUAGAGGAUAUGACUGCCGGAAUAAUCUGUUCUACACACAGACGGGAGAGGUGGUGUACCAUGUAGCUGCCGUGGGAAUAGUCUACAACAGGCAGGAGCACACGCAACGCUUCUAUCAGGGCCAUGAUGAUGACAUCCUCAGCCUGACUGUCCACCCUAUUAAAGACUAUGUCGCCACAGGGCAGGUUGGCCGGGACCCAGCUGUCCAUGUGUGGGACAUCCAGACUCUGAAAUGCUUCUCCCUCCUCAAAGGCUAUCACCAGAGGGGAGUCUGUGCUCUGGACUUCUCUGCUGAUGGUAAAAGCCUGGCGUCUGUGGGCGUUGAUGAUAACCACACCAUCGUGGUAUGGGAUUGGAGGAAAGGCGAGAAACUGGCCACCGCCAGAGGUCACACAGACAAGCUGUUUGUAGUUAAAUGUAGCCCUUCCCACACAGACAAACUCGUGACAGUGGGCAUGAAGCACAUCAGAUUUUGGCAGCUGGCAGGCGGUGGUCUCACGUUUAAGCGUGGGGUCUUCGGCAACCUGGGGAAGUCUGAGACCAUGAUGUCUGUGUGCUACGGUCACACCGACGACCUGGUGUUCUCUGGAGCAGCCACCGGAGACAUUUACAUCUGGAAAGAGCCUAUACUGCUGAAGACAGUCAAAACCCAUGAUGGACCCGUAUUCGCCAUGUUCUCCUUAGAUAAGGGCUUUGUAACUGGAGGGAAGGACGGAGUGGUUGAACUUUGGGACGACAUGUUUGAGAGAUGUCUUAAAACAUAUGCAAUCAAGAGAGCCACACUCUCGCCAGGAUCCAAAGGGCUGCUCCUAGAGGACAACCCUUCCAUUCGGGCCAUAACACUGGGCCAUGGUCACAUUCUGGCGGGGACUAAGAAUGGAGAGAUCCUGGAAAUAGACAAAAGUGGACCAAUCACCCUACUGGUUCAGGGUCACAUGGAGGGUGAGGUGUGGGGGCUGGCUGCACAUCCCCUACUGCCUGUAUGUGCCACUGUGAGUGAUGACAAAACCCUGCGCAUCUGGGAAAUCUCUGCCAACCACCGCAUGGUGGCCGUCCGCAAGCUGAAGAAAGGAGGAAGAUGUUGUGCCUUCUCCCCAGAUGGGAAAGCCUUAGCAGUGGGCCUCAAUGACGGUAGUUUUCUGGUGGUGAAUGCGGACACGCUGGAGGACAUGGUCUCCUUCCACCACAGGAGGGAUCUAAUCUCUGACAUCAAAUUCUCCCAAGAUGCUGGUAAAUAUCUCGCUGUGGCCUCUCAUGAUCACUUUGUGGAUAUAUACAACGUACUGACCAGUAAGAGAGUGGGCAUCUGCAAAGGAGCCACAAGCUACAUCACGCACAUAGACUGGGACACACGUGGUAAAUUGUUGCAAGUUAAUUCUGGUGCCAAAGAACACUUAUUCUUUGAAGCCCCAAGGGGAAAGAGACAGACUAUUCACGCUUCAGAGAUUGAGAAGAUUGAAUGGGCUUCGUGGACCUCUGUUCUGGGCCCCACCUCUGAAGGCAUCUGGCCAGCACAUAGCGGCAUCACUGACAUCAACACUACUUCACUCACCAGAGACAGGAAGCUUCUGGCUACAGGGGAUGACUUUGGCUUCCUCAAACUCUUCAGAUACCCCGCAAGUGGCCAGUAUGGCAGAUUUAAGUGUUACAUGGGCCACAGUGCUCAUGUGACCAACGUGCGGUGGGCUCAGGAUGACAUGAUUUUGCUAACGAUUGGGGGAGCUGACACAAGCCUGAUGAUUUGGACCCUUGACUCCUCUGUCACUCCAGACAACCGGCCUGUUGACAGCCAGGAGUCCGAGGAGGAUCUUGAAGAGGACGGAGGGUAUGACAGUGAUGUUGCAAGGGAGAAGGUUAUUGAUUACACAACUAAGGUCAACGUGGUGAGCAUUCGAGACAUGGCUGGCACUAAACCUCACCUGCAGCAGAAGGAGGUAUCUCCUGAGGAGAGGCAGGGCAUCGUCAAAGGAUCCAGGCCGCCUGUAAGUCGGGCCAUCCCUCUUCCAGAGAAGCUGCAGAGAAAUAACAUCUACAAGAAGAAGAAGCCAGUGGAGGAUCUGGUAUUGGACCAUGUGUUUGGAUUCAGGGGCUUUGACUGUCGAAACAACCUUCACUACCUCAAUGAUGGCACUGACAUCAUAUUCCCCACUGCAGCCAUGGCCUUGGUUCACAGUCUUGCCACGGGUACACAGAGUUUUUACCUGGAACACACAGACGACAUUCUCUGUCUCACUGUCAAUCAGCAUCCGAAGUUCAGAAAUGUUGUUGCUACGGGACAAAUCGGGAGCAACCCCUCCAUCCACAUCUGGGACGCAAUGACUAAACAGACUCUGUCCAUCCUCCGCGGUUACCACGGCAAAGGGGUGGGCUACGUGAACUUCAGCGCCACGGGCAAGUUGCUGCUGUCUGUGGGCAUUGAGCCAGACCACAGCAUCACUGUGUGGAGCUGGCAGGAAGGGACCAAAGUUACCAGCAAAGGAGGCCAAGCCCAAAGGAUCUUUGUGGUGGAGUUCCGACCAGACUCAGACUCGCAGUUCGUGUCAGUGGGGAUCAGGCACAUCAAGUUCUGGACACUGGCAGGUGGAUCACUCCUGUAUAAGAAGGGAGUCAUGGGUUCAGUUGCGGACGCCAGGUUGCAGACCAUGCUGUCAGUAGCUUUUGGUGCUAAUAGCCUGACAUUCACAGGGGCCAUAAAUGGGGACGUGUAUGUGUGGCGGGAUCACUUCCUAGUGAGGGUGGUGGCCAAAGCUCACACUGGCCCUGUCUUCACUAUGUACACCACGCUAAGAGACGGCCUUAUCGUUACAGGAGGCAAAGAAAGACCGACAAAAGAGGGAGGUGCAGUAAAACUAUGGGAUCAGGAGAUGAAGCGAUGCCGUGCCUUUCAACUAGAGACGGGCCAGGUCGUGGAUUGUGUCCGGUCUGUGUGUCGUGGAAAGGGGAAAAUUCUGGUGGGGACAAAGGAUGGAGAGAUUAUUGAAGUUGGGGAGAAGAAUGCUGCCUCUAACGUCCUAAUAAACAGCCACAUGCAGGGAGCGAUUUGGGGGCUGGCGACACACCCGUCCAAAGAUGUCUUCAUCACUGCCAGCGAUGACGGAACCAUCCGGAUAUGGGACCUUGUUGAUAAAAAACUUUUAAAUAGAGUCAGCCUCGGUCAUCCUGCCAAGUGUGCGAGCUACAGUCCUGAUGGGGAGAUGGUGGCCGUCGGCAUGAAGAAUGGGGAGAUCGUCAUCUUCCUCACCAACUCCCUCAAGAUGUGGGGCAAGAAGCGGGACAGGAGCUCUGCUAUACAGGACAUUCGGUUCAGUCCUGAUAAGCUUUUGCUGGGAGUGGGAUCAGCUGAAAGUACCGUGGACCUGUAUGACCUGACACAGGGCUCCUCCAUCAGCCGAGUGAGCUACUGCAAAGACAUACCUGGCUUUGUAAUACAGAUGGACUUCUCUGCAGACAGCAAAUUCAUUCAGGUGUCUACAGGAUCUUACAAGCGGCAGGUUCUCGAGGUACCCUCAUGCAAAACCAUCACUGAUCAGGCCCUAAUUGACCGAAUCACAUGGGCUUCCUGGACCAGUGUCCUUGGUGACGAGGUGUUAGGAGUCUGGCCAAGAAAUGCAGACAAAGCGGAUGUCAACUGCGCCUGUGUCUCACAUGCCGGCCUCAAUAUAGUUACGGGAGAUGAUUUUGGCCUAGUCAAGCUCUUCGAGUUCCCGUGCUCUGAGAAGUUUGCUAAAAACAAGAGGUACUUUGGUCAUUCUGCACAUGUGACCAACAUACGCUUCUCGUACGAUGACAAAUAUGUAAUCAGCACUGGAGGCGACGAUUGCAGUGUGUUUGUAUGGAAAUGUCUGUGACUGGACACUUGUGAAGAAGGUAGGCCAGCAUAAACUUCAGAUAUGAGGCCUCUGCACUCUUCAGGACAUGGUUUCACUUUACAUGGUUGCUUACGGAGGGUAAGAAUGCUGCACUGAAAUUUAGACUUUGAUCCAUGUUUUGCAAAACUGAGCAAAACUAUUAUAAUAAUGUUAUAAUGGAAUAAAUAAUCACCUCAGUAGUAAAUAUUUAUGUUUACAUUGUAAUCUGUUCUAAACCAAGGAACUAAAGUACAGAUUGCCAACAUGGGUGUGUUUGCUUUUAAAUCAAAGCAUUUCUGUGUUUGGAAGUAAUACUAUCUUGUGUAGUUUUUCCACUUAGCUUUAGGGUUACUAUGACCAAGCAUAAGUGCCUUUUCAUGUGUGUCUCAUACGUUUAUUGAGUAUUGUAAUGCUCUGGUGCUAUAUAAUUAUGAAGUUUUGUUGUUAAAUUUGUAAUAACUGUUGUGAACUAUGCAUAUAAACUUAUAAAAGAGUCCACUUUUACAUAUUCUCCCAUGGUGUUAUGCUAUAACAUGAUGUGCAAAGAAGAAAAGCAUGUAAAUUGUGCAUAAUUUUAUGACAUGAUGAAUUACAUCAGAUUUUGUUUUGUUUUGUUUUUUGCACAAAAUGUGCUUUAAUUGGCUAAUAAUUUUGAUUAUACUUAGAGUCCAAUGCACAGUUGCAAAACACCAGCCAAAAAGCAAGAAUCACUAUAGUCAUCACUAUAGACCAUAUGCCCCAAGUUCUCUUAUGGCAUUGGAUAUUAAAGUCUACUAGAGGCACAUUGUGAGUUGCAAUGACUGAAAAGUGCCAGUCUAUGUAAGCCGCCUGGGGCGAUUUAUGCGAAGGCACAUUACAUCACUUUAUGAUGCUCUUCAUUUAAAAGCCAUUCACAGAUCACUUACACAUAUUUGAUCACUCUGACUUGGAAAAAAUAUGUGUAAGAGUUGCUUAACUUUCUUUAGUGGUCUUUUCACAUGAAUAAUGCUCAAAUGAGUGACACAACUUUAUAACAAAAUAGCUCAAGUUCCUGAAUACAAUUUUUAAAUUAAGUGAUUAUUUUAAUCAUAGCAUGUGCACACAGCCGUGGACUUUAUUUAAGAAACUUGACCAUUAUGCCGGUCUGUUUCUUUCUGCAGGAGCCUAUGUGCUCCAUGUCCAAAAGGUGCUAUGAACUGCACAUAGCUCACCUAACAUAAAUGGAUAACUAGCCAGCUAAGAUCAUCUAACUGAUGCAAUCAUCUGCCUAGUUAGCUAAUUAUUUUGCAGAAAUGACCCCUCAGCAAAUGACCGACUUAAGCAUUUAGAUUAUCAUGUUUCCUAACUCUGCAGUACAAGACAAAGUAAUUUUAUGCAUUUUAUUUUUGGAAAUAAGUUUAUUUCAGAUAUGUAUUUCAGAUAACCGCUAUGUUGUUAGUUCACUUAGCAAAACAAAUGGAGAAGAGCUUCAAAACACAAAUGUAUUUAUGAAAAACAUAUUAUAAGUAUAAUAAUGUAUGGCAAGACUUAUAAAUAGUCCAGAUUUAAGAAACACUUGACACAGAAGUGAAUACUUGCCUUAGGAUAUGAUUAACAGGCUUUACUUUAUUGAGAAACUGUAUAAACAGACAAAGAUGAGCUAGGAGUGGAUAUGAAUGUAACACAUUUAACAAAUUUAAACAUUAUGUAUGAGUAAUGAAUGAGAACCAUCAGGUUCAGCAGUCAGCUUGAACUUUACAAGCAGGUCCCACCUUUAAGCUUGGCAAUCUACAUUAUGUUCUGAAUUCUUACUAUAAGAAUUAAUAAAACAAAAGGGGAAAAAAAUCAACUAAGCCAUUAAGUCUUUAAGUAGUUCAUUCAGUGCAUUCAUUGGAGAGUCCACCGACACUUACAAAUAUCACCAAAGUGUUCUUACUUUGAAUAUGCCGGUUACUGGUGGAGAGCAAAGCAUUUUGGUUUGCUGGAUUGAAACACGUAUAAACAAUGCUACCAUUUACAGAAACAUAUUUAAAGCUAAAGCAACAUACAGGAUUAGACAGAGAACUGUAAAAUAUAAGUAUCAAAAGAACCUAGAGCCCAAAGAAAUAUUGUAAACACUUUUAGGAACAUUGAAUGAUGGUGGCUAAUUCAGGUCCAACACAAACAGAGCAAGAGAUGUGUGGGCUUUUGAAAUCAACACCAAAGUUUACUAUGCAGUCUUUAAAAGUCUGGAAGUGGAGUUGAAUAUUACUGUGGACUAAGUGAUCACUUCUUAUUUGAUUUUUUCCCCUUCACAUAUGAGAAUUUACUAUAUUUCAGUUAUAUUAUUUGCAAUUCUAUAAUUGUCUGAUUUCUUGUCAUUACUCAAAAGCAUGUAUUUGGAGAUGAAUCCAUUAAGGUCUGCAGAAUUCAGUCUGUAAUGGCAAUAGAUGAUGCAUUUUUUUCCCCACAUUUCCAUUUCUCUGUUUAUUUAAUUUAAUUUAAGUAUUUUAUCUUCAUUUUCCUCUGUAUGAGAGAGAGAGAGGUAGUUUACUGGCAUGAUAAGCAAAAUUACAUUUACAAUCUUACACAAGCGUCUGAUAAUCUUGACUUUUUUUUUCUCCUGUUUUUUUUUCCAUACACCUAAACCUAUGAAUGUGUAACUGUGUAAAUGUGCUUCAUAUUAAAUAUAUGUAGAAAAAUCUUAAAUGAAAUUGCUCUGUAGAUAUAAAAUGGUGUU